CAAGUUUCAUGCAAACAUAGAGUCAACAACCAAGUCAGCUCAAAUGUUGUUGGGGUACAACAGAUGAAGGUUGAACAAAGACGAAGGACUGUUGGAAAUCAAGAAGAUGGAGGAAGAGAAGGAUGCCUGUCUGUCUAAGAAGAGUGACAAGUCUAAAAAUUUCAGUGAAGAACCUGGACCCUCACACACAAAAGGUCAGCACCAUAGAGGAGAGUCUCCAGUAUCUGGCUGUGAGUCUAUGAACAAUGAUAGGACUAAAGAGCAUCCUCAAGACUUCAGUGAAGAACCUGGACACUCAAACACACAAGAGAGGAAGAGGAGUCCUGUUUCUGCGGAGGAUCAGCUGUCCUGCUGUACUUUGUGUCAGAAUGUCCUGAAGGAUCCAGUCUCUACCAGCUGUGCACACUGGUUCUGUAGACAAUGCAUCACCUCACACUGGGACCAGUCGUCUUCAACAGGAGACUCCUCCUGUCCUCAGUGUGGACAAAGAUCCCGAACAACUGAUGUUGGUCUGCAGGAGGUUUUAGAUGAAUAUAAGAACAGUCUGAGGAAGAGAUGUGAACAUGUGACUGAAGGAACCAAUGUAAAAGGAACCCUCUUCAACAAGAUCUACACUCAGCUCUACAUCACAGAGGGACAGAGUGAAGAGGUUAAUACCCAACAUGAGGUGAAGCAGCUUGAAACAGCUUCCAAGAUGAAGGCCCUCCAUGACACUCCAAUCAGGUGCCACAACAUCUUUAAAGCCUCACAUGACCAGCACAGACGCAUCAGAGUGUUUCUGACCUAUGGCAUCGCUGGCAUUGGAAAAACAUUCUCAGUGCAGAAGUUCACUCUGGACUGGGCAGAGGGUUUGGAAAACCAGGAUAUCAGUGUGGUGAUUGUGUUCUCGUUCAGGGAGCUGCACUUGACCAAAGAUGAGCAGUAUAGCCUUCUCAGGCUGCUCCAUGUUUUCCAUCCAACGUUACAGAAGGUCACAGCAGAGCAGCUGGUUGUCAGUAAACCUUUGUUCAUCUUUGACGGUCUGGAUGAAAGCAGACUUUUACUGGACUUCAACAACAGUGAGGUUGUGUCUAAUGUCACACAGAAGGCAUCAGUCAACGUCCUGCUGACAAACCUCAUCAAGGGGAAGCUGCUUCCCUCGGCUCUGGUCUGGAUCACUUCCAGACCUGCUGCAGCCAAUCAGAUCCCUCCUACAUGUGUUGACAGGGUAACAGAAGUACGAGGCUUCAAUGAUGCCCAGAAGGAGGAGUACUUCAGGAAGAGGUUCAGUGAUGAAGAGCUGUCCAGCAGAGUCAUCUCCCACAUCAAGACAUCGAGGAGCCUCCACAUCCUGUGUGGAGUCCCAGUCUUCUGUUGGAUCACUGCUACAGUUCUAGAGCACAUGUUGACUACAGGGCAGAGAGGAGAGCUGCCCAAGACUCUGACUGAUAUGUACUCACACUUUGUGAUGGUUCAGACAAAGAGAAAGAAGGACAAGUACCAUGAGGAACAUGAGACAAGUCCACAGGAACUGAUAGAGGCUGACAGGGAAGUUCUUCUGAAGCUGGGGAGGCUGGCGUUUGAAGAGCUGGAAAAAGGAAACAUCAUGUUCUAUGAAGAAGACCUGGAGCGCUGUGGUCUGGAUGUGACAGACGCCUCAGUGUACUCAGGAGUUCAUCACGAGAUCCAAGAGUUCCUGAAGUCAGAGAACAGAUCAGAGAAGGAACUCUCUGUGAUCCACUGCUCAGCUCUGGCCUACAUGCUGCAGAUGUCAGAGGAAGUUCUGGAUGAGUUGGACUUGGAGAAGUACACCACAUCAUGGGAGGGACAACGGAGACUGAUCCCAGCUGUGAGGAACUGCAGAAAGGCUCGACUGACUUACUGUGAACUCUCAGAGGCUCACUGUGAAGUUGUGGCCUCAGCCUUGAAGUCCAAACCUUCCUAUCUGACAGAACUGGACAUGAGUGAAAAUAACCUGAAGGAUUCAGAAGUGAAGCUGCUGUCUGCUGGUCUGGAGAGUCCCAACUGUAGACUGGAGACUCUGAGACUGAAGAGCUGCAGUUUGUCAGUGAUCGGCUGUGGUUCUCUGGUCUCAGCUCUGAAGUCCAACCCUUCCCAUCUGAAACAUCUGGACCUGACUAACAACGAGCUGCAGGAUUCAGGAGUGAAACGACUGUGUGGUUUCCUAGAGAGUCCCGACUGUAAACUUGAGACUCUGAGAUUGAAGAGCUGUGGGUUGUCAGACCUCAGCUGUGAUUCUCUGGUCUUAGCUCUGAAGUCCGACCCUUCCCAUCUGAAACAUCUGGACCUGAGUAGAAACAUCCUGCAGGAUUCAGGAGUGAAACGACUGUGUGGUUUCCUGGAGAGUCCAGACUGUAGACUGGAGACUCUGAGAUUGAGGUACUGCCGUUUGUCAGAGAUCAGCUGUGAUUAUCUGGUCUCAGCUCUGAAGUCCAACCCUUCCCAUUUGAAACAUCUGGACCUGACUUACAACAAGCUGCAGGAUUCAGGAGUGAAGCAACUGUGUGGUUUCCUAGAGAGUGCAGACUGCAGACUGGAGACUCUGAGACUGAAGAGCUGCAGUUCGACAGAGAUCAGCUGUGAUUCUCUGGUCUCAGCUCUGAAGUCCAACCCCUCCCAUCUCAAACAUCUUGACCUGAGGCUCAACAAUCUGCAAGGUUUAGGACUGAAACAGCUGUGUGAUCUUAAGAAGAGUUCACUCUAUAAACUGGAGACUCUGAGGGUGGACCCUCAUAAAGAGGACCGGGUCAAUCCACAGCUUCAUAUCUCUGAUGAGUUUGAGCUUGGGGCCGAACCCCAAAGUGGGCAUGAACACCCCCUGUUUGGAGAAAACAGGAACAUGAGCUUCUCAGAGGAGUAUGCUCUGCCAUGUUCUUUUUCUGAGCUGGAAACAAAAAGAGAAGGCCCUUCCUACAGUGGGGACCAUUAUAAAGAGGUUCAAGUCAAUCCACAGCUACCUAUCAAGAAUGAGAGGGAUAUUACUGUUAAACCCAAAACUAUGACCGAACACCUCCUCCUGUCUGAGGAAAACAGGAACACGAGCUUCUCCCAGGAGUCUGUUUGGGCUUGUUUCAUGCCUGAGGUGAUAACAGAAAGAGGAGGCCCUUCAUACAGAUUUAGGAGCUCGUCUGCAGGUGUGUUCCAGUGUAAAUUGACCAGACUGGUGUUUAAGAUGACUCGGGCUGGUGAGCUGAUGUACUGGAUCAUCCAGUGGGACGAGGACCUCCUCAACUCAGCUGGAAAGACCCCUGCAGGUCCACUCUUUAGCAUAAGUUGUUCUGAGGGUUCUGUUUCUCAGCUGCACCUCCCACACUGUGGAAAUCUACCUGGCCUCUCCGUGGUCCACAUUAGCGAUGAUGGGAUGAGCAUCCUUCAGCCCCUGGAGAUCACAGCCUCUCACGUGGUCGUGGAUGUACCUCACUUAUCUGGCUUUGGCUUGAUGUGGGAUAAAAUCAAACAUCUUCUAAACAUCCAGAUACCAAUAUGUGGACAAGUGCUGUUGUUUCACCGACCGCAGUACAAGAAUCAAAGCAAAAAGCUCAAUGUGUUUCUGCUGCCAGAAAAUGUGCCGCUGCAAGAGGUGAAACAUCAACAGGAAAAGGCGGAGUACAUUGAGGCACCUUCCUCUUGUCAGCUCACUAGAGGCCAGUUUUACAGUCUGCUCUGUCCUGAGGCCGACAUGAUACAGCCUAAGCGUGCUCGGUUUGACCUGAAGUAUGGACCAAACUACCACCCAACAUUUGAGAUUCGAAUGACUCCGAACUCAGAGGAAGUUACUGUGAGAGUCCGAGACCAAGAGGAGAGACAUGUCUGGGAGUAUCGUGCUGAACUACCUGCUCCAGGCCCAUCCAGCCAGUUAACCCACACAAAAACCAGUGACUCAGCAUCAUCACUCCAUGGACAAGCUGCAGAUGAAGGUCCUCAUCUGUGCAGCCUCAAUCUAAACUGGCCACCGAGUUCACCAGUUCAAGAAGAUGAGAAGCUGAACUCUGUUCGGGUAGAGUUUAUUAAGAGAGUGUCUGAUCCUAAUCUGAAGACUCUGCUGGAUGAGCUUCUGCAGACAAAGGUUAUAAACAGUAGUGAACUGGAAGGGAUGCAAGCCUUGUCCAAGGCAGACAAAGCUAGAGAGCUGAUUGACACCGUGGUGAACAAGGGACCAGAUGCUUGUAAAGUCAUGAUUGACGCUUUACGUAAAAUAGAUCCAUUUGUUUUUGACACGCUGAAUUUACACUGAAAUUAAAAUAAGCUUCAAAUCUGUGGGUUUUGAAAACUCAAAAGUAGUGUUUAAAACAUGCCUUGUUUAUACAGAGUUUUACACAGACACACACCUAUCCACACACUUUGGUGUUAAUGAUCCCUCAAAUGCCUUUUUAUUUGUAGAUAAUAUCUCUUGGAUAUUUUUCUUUGUGAAAUGACAAAAUGUGUGUGUAAAGCAAGGAUUACAUUAACACUACCAGUCAAAAGUUUGGAUUUAAUUUGAUGGUGAAUCCAAACUUUUGACUGAAAGUGUAUUUUUACAUUUUACGCUUAUCUUAAUGUUGUGGUGGCACAUUGGUGUGGUGGUUAGCACUGAUGCUUCACAGUGAUUCUGACUCUUGUCCAGGUCUCGCUUGUAAAAGACGUAUUUGAUCUUGGUGGGACAAACCAUGAAUCCCAAUCUGCCCCUGUCUUUUUCUGUUGCUGCUCCCAAACUAUGGAACGAUCUACCACUGCACAUCAGACCAGCUCCUCACUGUGCGUUUUAAAACCUGUUUCAAAACCCAUUUUUGUUCCCUUGUAAAGUUCUAUAUAAAUAAAAUAUGUGUAUUUUUUACCUCUUACGGAGCCCUGUCAGGGUCUUAUCACAAAUCGGUGGAGCUGUACAGCAACUCACCUUUCUGUAACUCCAUAUUAUUAACAGGGUUCUAAAUUAAAUUUGAUUACAAGCCAAUCGUUUUUUUAACCAGUGAAAAUAAGAGACAUUAGCCACUCACGACCCGUCAGCCAUUUAGCGUUGAACUUUCUUUUCUUGGUUUCACACACUCUGUUGAUAUUCUCAUCCCCGGCCUCCUUCCACUUUGAACCCUCCUCUGGGGGGAGCCCCAGACGUCUGUCCCAAACACUACCACAUUUAGUUUAACUUUAAUGUUUGUUCCCUUGUCUUUUUCACAGCCUAUGCUCCCAAGGGAGUUGGUUUGACUUUGAUAUUGGUGGGAAAACAUUAUUUCACGUCACGUAGAGCAGAUCAAUCAAGAAUAUGAUCACAGUCAGAAAAAACAAACAAAUCAACAUUUUACAUUCAUAUCUGAAUAUAUGAUGAGGACACAAGAAUUUAAUGCAUUCUGCAGUGUUAUAAAGUAUUUGGGUAUAAAUUAAGUAACAUUUGAACCUUUGAACAAGCAGAUUAGUGGCCACUGGUUCUUAUUCAGAUCAUCAUCACACUGACAUUUGUCACGGUGACGAAUCUCAAGACAAACAUAUCCAUCAUGAUUUCACUUCACCUGGUAAUUUACAGCCUCUCCUUCAGCAUCUCCUCCUCCAUCUCGUCCUUCAUCUGCUCCUACCUCCCCCCUCGACCUCCUCUGUCCUCUCCUCCUCCAUCUGCUCCAGCCUCUCCGCUGUUUGUCUCCCGACAAGAAUAUGUUGAUGUAUGACGUAUGACUAGAUUAGGGAUACAAUGAUCGUCGAGUUUGGUGGUACAAUUUUUGCCUCAGCAAAUAAGGGUUUUACUUUCACACUGUUAUCACACAAAUACAUGAAAGUAAUAAGUAAAAAUAAGAAGUAUAUCUCAUUGUCAUUAAAUCUUGUCUUUUAUUCAUUGUCUGUAUUGUUACAGUUAUAUAACCUUGAAUUAACUUGCACUCCAAAAAAAUCUUUUGUCUUUUGCCUUA